CCUUGAUUCACUCUAUGCAAGGGUGAAUGAAAAUCCAGAUCCUUGUCAGUCAGUUGCAUGCAAGAGAAGGAAGAAAAAGUAGUUUGUUAUUCCAGUUGUUGCAUUGUCCACAGCAGCAGUCCUGCUCCUUCUGUUCAUCUUUAGUGGUCUGGCUAUCUAUAAACAGAAAAGACAUGGAGGUAUAGUUACCAAAUCCAAUAUCAGAUCAAAGGAUCAACGGUAUAGCUACUCUGAGGUUAUGAGCAUUACUAAUAACUUCGAAACCAUCAUUGGAGGAGGAGGAUUUGGUAAAGUGUACCUUGGUAAAUUGAAAGAUGAAGCUCGAGUAGCUGUUAAAUUGCUCUCUCCUUCAUCAAAGCAAGGCUAUAAGGAAUUUCAAGUUGAGGUACAACUCUUGAUGAUUGUUCAUCAUAGAAACUUGGUUUCUCUUGUUGGAUACUGCGACGAGGAUGACCAGAAGGCCCUCUUAUAUGAGUAUAUGGAAAAUGGCGAUUUGCACCAGCAUUUAUCAGUGAAAAACACAAAUGUGAUGACUUGGAAUGAGAGGCUUAAUAUUGCAGUGGACGCAGCACAUGGGUUAGAGUAUCUUCAUAAUGGUUGCAAGCCGCCUAUAAUUCAUAGAGAUUUGAAAACUUCCAACAUUUUAUUGACCGGACAUAUGCAAGCCAAGAUAGCUGAUUUUGGGUUGUCUAGAAUCUUUGCAACUGAAAGUGACUCUCAUGUGUCAACUUGCCCAGCUGGCACAUUAGGAUACCUUGAUCCAGAAUAUCAAGCAUCUGGAAACUUUGGUAAAAAAAGUGAUGUCUAUAGCUUCGGUAUUGUUUUGUUUGAACUAAUCACUGGUCGACCUGUAAUAAUGAGAGGACCUGAGAAAAACACUCACAUACUUGACUGGAUUUAUCCAAUAAUUGAAAGUGGGGAUAUUCAAAGUGUUGUUGAUCCAAGGUUACAAGGAAAAUUCCACACCAAUUCUGCCUGGAAAGCUGUGGAGAUUGCCUUGUCAUGCAUACCACCAAUUGCAAGCCAAAGGCCAGACAUCAGUCAAGUAUUAGCAGAACUAAAAGAAUGUUUGGCUUUGGAGAUGACUAAUGCAAGCCUAGCAACUGAGCGUAAUAUGGCACCUUCAAGCAUUCCACUUGAAACAUCCUACUUAGAGCUUGAAUCAGAUAUUGCUGCCCUUGCUAGGUAGUUGUUAAACAAAAUGUUUGUGGUCAAGUUUUCCUUCCAUGCGAUAUGCUCAUAUGAGAAAUUUCUAGAAUUAGAUUGGUAGUUCAAGAAUUUCUUUUAUUCUUGUUUAAUGUUUUGUAUCUCUUUCAAUUAAGUACGAAUGAUGUAGUACGAUGUAUUUCUGUUGCUUUGAUGGGCAUAUCGAUACAAUGAUGUAAAAUUUUUAUUAUGAAUGAGUUUAUAUUAUUA